AUGAACGAAUAUAUCAAUGAAGUAAAUAACGAUGAUAGCUAUAUAGAAAUGAGUAGCACGGAAGAUAUCCUAUUUCAAUACUUUGCUAAGAUAUUAUAUUUGUUAAUAUUUGGUUGUAUAGGAUGCCUACUAUUAAUUAUAGGUUACUAUUUUAAGGUCCCUUGUAAAGAAUGUGAUUUUAUGAAUAGGAUACUAGUUAUAUGCAUAUUCAUUAAAAGUAUUGGGCAUUUAAAUUUAAGUCUGGUUCGAAUAAAAAGGAGGGAAGAAAUUGAAAAUUCAGAAGAAUUAAAAUAUAUUAUAAAGAAAUUGUUGAGACUAUUUAAUUUGUUGACAAUUAUAUUAGUAAUAUCUUCUUUAUAUUUAUUACACUUUUAUAAAAAUGUAUGUCCAAAAAAUACAAUAUCAAUGCAAAUAAUAAGAACAUAUUAUUAUUUUACUAUAGCACUUUAUUUCUUACCAUUAUUAUUUUAUAUAUGUCUAGGAUUAUUUUUAUCAAUCAUUAUAUGCAUUAUGAUAUAUUUUUCGGUUGAUGAGCAUGAUAGAAUUCCAACUCCAAAAAAUAUAAUUAAUAAAUUGAAAGUUGUCAAAUAUAAAGAUAUAGAUUAUAUUCAUAAAAAAAACAAAAAAGAAAAAAAAAAAACAUUUAUUAAAAACCCAUCCUUUGAAUUAAUAUUUGACAAAGUAACAAAUGCUAUUAGGAGUAAAGGAAAUACAACCAAACCAAAAUCAAAUACUCAAACCAGUUUCCCCAAUACUAUUGAUAAUAAUCUAAGAGAGGGUAACAGCUCUUGUUAUUCUGAUCCUCACAUUCAAGAAGUACUUAAGCCUCUUAAAAAUAAUCCAAAAAAUGAUAACAACUUAGAUGAUAUAUACAACCAAGACGAUCAUAUUAAAUCUACAAAUGACGAUAUACCACCAGAUAAUAAUGAAAAUAUUAGCAAGGUUGAUAAACAAACUAAUGAUAAUGAAGAUAUGUGUUCUAUAUGUAUGAUGGAUUAUAUGGGGAAUGAUAAUAUUAUGAUCAUGCCAUGUGAUAAACGCCAUUUUUUUCAUUCUAAUUGUUUAUCAAAAUGGCUAAAUAAAAGUCAAGUUUGUCCUAUUUGUAGAACAAAUAUUGUUAGUUGUAUUAAUUCAAAAUCAGAUAUAGUUUAA